GGGCGCGGGGCGGGGCUCCGGAGGGCGCGCGCAGAGGUGGCGGCCAUGGAGAGAGCCGGAGCAGGAGCUGGUUUCCGGAAGGUAGAGCUGGCGGUAGGCAGCCAGAAGGACCAGCAGGUGGCACUGAGCUUACGCGGGUGGUGACCCGGACCCUGGCUGGGGGACAGUGAGGGCUCAGGACGAACCGGGAUGCUGGGCCCUGCUACCCGCUGCUGUGGCACAUUCACCUCCCGUGCCUCAGGGUUUCACCCACCCGCUGCUCUGCUUGUCACCUGUUGGACUGCUCUGGGUGAGGAGCUGGUGAGCAGGCUGCUGCACGUGCACUUUAAGGAUGACAAGACCAAAGGUGCGGUUAGCGGGGACGCACUGCAGCUCAUGGCGGAGCUACUGAAGAUCUUCGUUGUGGGUGAGCCCAGGGCCCAGGCUCCCUCCCAGAAGCAGCAGUCCGUGGGGUGCGGCAGGCCCAGGCAGAAGAUGCCAUUCUCGUGGAUGUGGACCAGCUGGAGAAGGUGCUCCCGCAGCUGCUCCUGGACUUCUAGGGAUCUCAGCUGUGGCUGAGGCCACCCCAGGGAAGCCCCUGGUCCACAGAAGCAGGUCUUGUGUUUCUAGUGGCCUCUGGUUGCAGACGGAGAAGGACCUGAGGGAUUUGGAGCUGAUUCAAACAAGCUCCCAAGAUUCUCCAGCCUUUGCAAAGGGGCAGGACUGCAGUGCAUUGCCACCCUUGGAGUGCCCACUGGGGACAGGCCCAUGGGGAGUCCCUCCCUGUCCCCUGGGGUCCUACAGGCAAGUGCUGGGAAAGGCCCAGCCAGCAGCCAGCAGGUAGACUGUUUACAAACAGCAGCCGGCAGCGCCGCCUCCUGGCCACAUUCCUGCCACUGACAUCAAAGCUGAUGUGACCCUCCCAGCCAUCCGGUAUUCCCCUUGGAAAAUGGUUCCCCAGGCUAUAAAUUUGUUCUCACAAAGCAACAUCAAUAAAUCAAAACUGUCUCUCCCA